UAUUGAUGAUGGGCAAGAAAUUAAUAGUGAAAGCAAAUAUAGCAGAGAACUCGGUGUUUUCAACCGAUUUGUCUAAAAUUUAAUGCAAAAGAAAAACUAGUGAAUCUAUUGAUUUUUAGAAACUUGUUAUAGAAUAUAAAAUGGGAAAGACCUCUAAAGAUAAAAGAGAUAUUUAUUAUCGUUUAGCGAAAGAGGAGGGCUGGCGUGCUAGAAGUGCAUUUAAAUUGCUACAGAUCGAUGAAAAAUUUCACAUUUUAAAAGAUGUAACACGAGCCGUUGAUUUAUGUGCUGCGCCGGGCAGCUGGACCCAAGUACUAUCAAAACGUCUCUACGAGAAUCGCACCAACAACGAGGAGAUAAAAAUCAUAGCGGUAGAUUUGCAAGCCAUGGCUCCCUUGCCUGGUGUUACACAGAUCCAAGGAGAUAUAACCAAAUUAAGUACAGCGCAGGCCAUAAUUGAUCAUUUCGGAGGUGAAUCCCAAAAGGCGCAAUUGGUAAUAUGUGAUGGAGCACCUGAUGUUACCGGUCUACACGAUAUCGACGAAUACAUCCAGAGUCAAUUGUUGUUGGCUGCACUUAGCAUUACCACACAUGUGUUGAUGACAGGUGGAAAUUUUGUCGCCAAGAUUUUUCGCGGCAAAGACACAAAUUUGCUAUAUUCCCAAUUACGUAUUUUCUUUGAAAAAGUAUCCAUAGCCAAACCAGCCAGCUCAAGAAAUUCUAGUAUCGAAGCGUUUGUCGUGUGCGAAAAUUAUCGUUGUCCAGACGGUUAUAUUCCGCAAAUGAUAAAUCCAAUGGUUGAUAAUGUACAAGUGAUAGUUGACGAAACAGAUUCUAAUGUUAACCACAAACUUAUUCCAUUUGUAGUAUGCGGGGAUUUGAGAGGAUUCGACUCAGACAUGUCAUACAGUUUAAAUCUGAACGAGAACUCGGAAUACACAUAUAAGGAAGUAGUACAAAAACCUAUUUCUCCAGCUUACAAGGAAAUUUUAGAAAAACUUAAAAAUUGUUCCAUUAAACAUUCGGCCAUAACCGUUAAACAUGACGAUGAAGAGAAAGAGAAAGAAAGCUGCUGAAUUUUCAUACUAAAAAGUUUGUGUUUAAUAAUAAAAAUGUCGUAAUAUAUCUAA